AGAGAAACAACUGAAACUCCCGUAUGUAUAAACUAAGUGCAGGCAAGGACGAGGGAGUUAGCAGUGCCUGACGGUGUGAGGGGAGAGUUGGCUGCACCCACUCGGAGCUGUUUCACAGACAAAACACCCCUCUAGGACACAGGGCUGCGGAAAUGCAGUCAGAAUCUGGAAUUGUGCCUGACUUCGAUGUUGGCGAAGAAUUCCACGAAGAGCCCAAGACUUAUUAUGAGCUGAAAAGUCAGCCGCUGAAAUACAGCAGCUCAGUGGAGCACCCCGGAGCUUCCAAGCCUCCACUAAGCUCCUCCAGUAUGACAUCACGGAUUUUGCUACGACAGCAACUGAUGCGUGAGCAGAUGCAACAGCAAGAGCGACGGGAGCAGCAACAGAAGCAGCAGGCUGCUCAGUUCAUGCAACAGAGAGCGGCAGUCAGCCACACGCCAGCCAUUAACGUCUCCAGCAGCCUGCCUGCUUCCCCCCAGGUACCAAUGGAAGUACUCAAGGUGCAGACCCACCUUGAAAAUCCUACCAAGUACCACAUCCAACAAGCCCAGAAACAGCAGGUAAAGCAAUACCUGACUACGGCCAAACACUCCGGCCAGGCGUUAAGCUUACCCUGUCCAAAUCAGCCUGGUGAUCACAUCAUGCCCCCUGGACCGGGAAGCAGCGCGCCAAACAGUCCAAUGGCUUUGUUAACUAUUGGUUCAACCUGUGAAAAAGAGAUGGAUGAUGUGAUUGAUGAUAUAAUAAGCUUGGAGUCCAGUUAUAACGAAGACAUUCUCUUGAUGGAUCCUUCUAUGCAAAUGGCAAACACGCUGCCUGUCUCUGGUAAUAUGAUUGACAUUUAUGGAAAUCAAGGUAUGCCUCCUCCGGGGUUAAACGUCAGUAAUUCUUGCCCUGCUAAUCUGCCCCAUAUCAAAAGGGAGUUCACAGAAUCGGAGGCAAGAGCGUUGGCCAAGGAAAGGCAGAAGAAGGACAAUCACAACCUCAUUGAAAGAAGGCGAAGAUUUAACAUCAAUGAUCGCAUUAAAGAAUUAGGAACUCUAAUACCCAAAUCGAACGAUCCUGACAUGAGGUGGAACAAGGGAACAAUAUUAAAAGCCUCGGUGGAUUACAUUCGCAAACUGCAACGAGAACAGCAGCGGUCAAAGGAGGUCGAGAACAAGCAGAAGAAACUGGAGCACGCCAACCGCCAUCUGCUCCUGAGGAUACAGGAGCUAGAGAUGCAAGCUCGCGCACAUGGCCUUUCCAUUAUGCCUUCUACUGGCCUCUGCUCAACAGACCUUGUCAACAGAGUCAUCAAACAGGAGCCAAUGCUCGACAGUUGCAAUCAGGAGAUUCUGUCAAACCACCACGACCUUUCUGGCACAACCACUCUGGAUCUCACUGAUGGAACCAUUACUUUCAGCAAUAACCUGAGGAACAUGACUGACUCCCCAACAGCCUACAGCAUCCCCACCAAGCUGGGCUCUAAACUGGAAGACAUGUUUAUGGACGAUACACUUUCUCCAAGAGUAAAUGAUCCACAUCACACCAUAUCUCCUGGGGCCUCCAGAACAAACAGCAGAAGAAGCAGCAUCAGCAUGGAAGAAAACGACCACUGUUAGCACAAGCUACAGGACAUGCUCUUACAAACUGUAAUACUUUUAUUGUUUCAGAGCGGUAGAUAACUAUACUUCUAGCUUUCUGGAUAGCUCACUUUCAUAGAAACUUUGUUGUGUUCGCCCUAUAGGCCAGCACUUAUAUAUAUUUUAUUUUUUUUAGACUUUUGUAAAGAUUUUUUUGGUGUAUAUCAUGACUUGGUUUGCCUCCAAAGUAUUUUGAGAAACUGCUUUGUACAUACCUGGACUAACGGAGAAUGUCAAACCUAUUUAAAGCAGCUUCCCUCCACCACAACCAUACUGUCAAGAUAUUCAGGUUAAUCUCUCAACAGACCGCGUCUCAUUGUCAUAUGGAAAUAAAGGCACAGAAACAAGUAUCUGAUUGGAAGUACGUAGAAUACCUCAACCCCUCUGGGUGAUAUGGUCCUAAGAAAAUGAUUAUACAUGACUCUGAGAAUAUAUAUGAAGAUAAGACAAGAAAGAAGCACUCAAUCAUGUUUUUUUUUCCUGGGCCCUUUGGUUUCAAUAGAAUCUGGAGUAAAAUGAUAAAGUAUUAUGGCAAAUGUUUAACGGAUCAACUGAAGAGAACACAUGGUUUAAAUGUCAACUACUUGUAUUUAAUUGGCACUAUACAUUGGCAGGAUAUGUAGCUGAUAAAAGAGGCUGAUUAUUGAAAUAUUAGGUGUGUAGUAUGUCUAAGCAACAAUAUUUACUGGGGAAGUUUGGAGAAUUAAGAUAGGACAAGAAAUGCAAGAGAUGAGGACUAGGGGCACAGGUAUAGGUGUGUGACAGUUUUGCCCAAGUGGGGAAGAGAAUACUAGGCACAUAUUGUUUUGUUGAGGGAGUCUGGACUUAGACUGGAUUGGUUUUAGAAGUGAUAUAAUUUCCAGUACAAGAGGUGGAACUUAGAACAAAAGAUCAGGCAUAGGCUUCUAUAUCCAGGAGGGUUGUAGAGGACAGAAAACAGUUAAAGCUUAUGUCACAAUUGUCGGAUUGUUCUACGCAAAUGCAAAUCACCAAAAAGUGCUUAAAAGAAUGUUGUAGGGUCCCUGAGUUACCAUCACAGAAGCUGACAUAGGGAUUUAACAGUGGCUUCAUUGUGUAUUCCCAUUCUGUCAUAUGAUUUUGGCAUGUGAGAAUGAGCCUUACCAUUUUUGUCUUUACUUAGAGGUCAUUCAUUUUCCUAUACAGCUGUAGAGAGGUGGCCAUUUAUGGAGGUUUGCUCUGAUAACGAUGGGUUGAAAACCACUGCAAUUCUGGGACAGCUUGGUUGAGGGUGAUAAUAUACUGAUCUACCCUAUAGUGGGAAGUCCUACACAAUGUCAGUACAUGCACACACCCCUUCUGCUGACACAAAUUUUCCAGAAAAGUCCACGUCUUAAGGGAGAAUAGAGAAAAUACUGUCGGAACCAACCUUAUGUGUGACUAUAUUUUCCCUCUUAUUUCUGCUAAUGCCAUUAACAGUAUUCCCCCAGUGAGUGACACUAGUCACAGUGUUGUGAAAGUAUGUAAACAUGAGCCUCUAUGGACCCAUUUCUUCUACCCAGAUGCUGAAAUAGAGUACAUCUCAAGGUCAGCUUACCAAGAACAAACAUCUUGUUUACAAACGUUGAUAACGGAAAGGCCUGUUACAUCCACAGACCUGUUUCCAUAGUUAGAAAUGAAGAGGCAAAUGUUGCAGGCACGUCUUUAUCCUCAUGGGUGGGUGCUUUCAUGGGAAGGUGCCAUUCUCACCCUUGCUUUAAAUGGAGUUGCCAGUUAGCAUCAAUAUCAGACUUGGUCACCUAUGGCCAACCAGAGGACCUGAUUUUCUGAGCCCACGGAUAUGAUAUAUAGAAUGUGCCAAAUUGUACAGGUUUUUUAAUAGGUCCAUAGUAGAAAAAAGGGUGGUUUGAUGAGACUUCUCCUAGGGUGGAGUCCACUAGUCCCCACCAGGAGAUCCUCUGAUGUUCUUGUAGGCCAGUCUGACCAUGAUCAGCUCAGUAAUCCAACCACAUUAUAAGCCAUGAGUGUUUGCUGUGUUUAUCUAUGGCCCGUGCUGUUUUUCAGCAGAUUCAGGGUGUCUAAGCAAUGCUCUUUACUGCCUAUCAGGGAUUGCUACAGUAUGUAUAUGUUAUAAUAUAAGUAUUUCUGACAAUAUAUCCCUAAUCGGCUGCUCUUUGCUUUCAGGGUGUGUGCACACGGGUAUCUUAAAUUAUUAAGUAAAAAAAAUAAAAUAAAUGCAUUGAUACAUACCACAUACCAGGAUGCAAUGCAUGUUCAGAAUCCAUAUAGUAUGCAUCAGGCAGCUUGGUAUAUGGCAUUUAUUUGUGAUUACAUAUACAUGAUUACUUAUAUUAAGGCAUGCAGUCAUUGAUGUGGUGUGUUUCACGCCAAUGAAACCCUUGAGGUUGUUUUAUUAUUGGAAUUAGUUUCUAUGCAUUCAGCAUGCCCCCUACAGACAUUGGGGUGCUAAACGCUUAGAAACCCAAGGGUUCCCUACUUAGAACACUGUCUCAUUGUUUUCAUUUCAUGUUUUAGCCCCGUACCCUGAGUUUUGGGGACAAUGAUCUAUUUCACACACAUCAUGCAGUAGUUUAGUUAGGACUGCCCAAGUCUUUUGUGGUCUUAAACCCUCCUAGAAGAGGUUGGCCAGCAGUCUCUUCCCUCUGCUGUCUCCCUAUACCUUUAAAAGUUAACCAAUAAUGGAUUCAUAAUAUCUGAGGAUGGGGUUGUGGUAUUUCUUCCCCCCUUUUCUUUCUAUUUAAUUAACUGGCCUGAUGGUGAUCACAAUAAACUGGAGACAUAUUAAGCCCUUCAUUUGGCUAUACAGGUAUGGGACCUGUUAUCCAGAAUGCUCAGGACCUGGGGUUUUCCAGAUAAGGGAUCUUUCCAUAAUUCGGAUCUCCUACCUUAAGUCUACUGAAAAAUUGAUUUAAACAGUAAUUAAACCCAAUAGGAUUGUUUUGGCUCCAAUAAGGAUUAAUUAUAUCUUAGUUGGGAUCAAUUACAGGUACUGUUUUAUUAUUACAGAGAAAAGGGAGUCAUUUAACCAUGAAAUAAACCCAAUAGGGCUGUUCUGCCCCCAAUAAGGGGUAAUUAUAUCUUAGUUGGGAUCAAGUACAGGUACUGUUAUAUUAUUACAGAGAAAAGGGAAUUAUUUAACCAUGAAAUAAACCCAAUAGGGCUGUUCUGCCCCCAAUAAGGGGUAAUUAUAUCUUAGUUGGGAUGAAGUACAAGGUACUGUUGUAUUAUUACAGAGAAAUUACAGAAAAAAAUGAAAUAAUUUUUAAAAAUGUGAAUUAUUUGAUUAAAAUGGGGUCUAUGGGAGAUGGCCUUUCUGUAAUUCGGAACUUUCUGGAUAAUAGGUCUCCGGAUAAGGGGUCCGAUAUCUGUAUAAUAAUAAUAUAUAGAGUAAAAUGUAUCAUUUAUGGAGAAUCUGUCUCCCUUAUUUUAAAGACAAGAGCCAGUUUAUACAGAGAUUCCUGGAAAUAUUUAUAAAUGCAAUUCCUAUUUCAUAGUCGAACAUUGUACUCCUCACUGUAAACUUCAUUUGAAGAUUUACACUUGUGGGUUUAGGGGUCAGCAAUGCGUACAGUCAGUGUUGGACUGGGGGGUGCAGGGCCCACCGAGGCUUCUGCCUCAGGGGCCCCUGCACCCCCCAAUGGCCCCUGCUGCAGCCUUCACACACACAUAUAUCCCUCCCCUCCCACAGGGGCCCCCACCACCCACCCAGUCCCCUCCCCUGAGUGCACGUAAAUGAAAGUUACCUGCACCGUGUCGGGGGUGGGGGGGGGGAGAUGGGUGGCUCAGUGGAGAGCCCUGUGGUGAUCGGGUCUGGGCCACCAGGGCCCACCGGGUUUUUUCCAGAGUCCCGGUGGCCCAGUCCGACCCUACAUACAGUUUAUUGGCUAUGCCUUACUAAGCCCUAAGCCCUCAACCCAUUUACUAUUAUUCUUAGCGUUUUAAUUUGAAAUCGUCCAAUAUAGGUUAAUUCGAUUAUAAUACUGAUUAUUUUGUAUGAAUUUUUUUUAAGGGGGAUAAAGCGCCUUUUUUGUAUUUAACAGUUUAAAAAAA